GGUAUGUUUCAACGAUAAAUCCGCGGUCACUCUGAUCUUUGGUAAACAAAAGCUACAAAGAAAAUUAAACAAUGCCGGUUUUUGCCAAUUACCACUGCAAAACAACUAUAGACUGCCAACAGGGUGCAGUGCGUGCCGUGCGCUAUAAUGUGGACGGCUCGUACUGCAUGUCUUGCGGCUCUGACAAGAAGAUCAAACUUUGGAAUCCUGCCACCGGAUUACUCCUAAAGACCUAUGGAGGCCAUGCCGACGAGGUAACAGAUGUGGCUGGCAGCUGCGAUAGCAGCUACAUUGUCUCUUCCAGCUUGGAUAAGAGCAUAAUCUACUGGGAUGUUUCCACAGGAACACCUGUUCGCCGUCUGCGCUCCCAUGCUGGUGGCGUCCGUUGCGUCUGCUUCAAUGAGGACUCUUCCAUAACCAUUUCUGGUGGCCGCGACAAUGCCGUCAUGUGCUGGGACAUACGCAGCCGCCGCCUAGAUCCCGUCCAGGUCAUGAAGGACGCCCGCGAUUGCAUCACCACCGUUCUGACCAAUGAAAACAAGAUCUAUGCCGCCUCGCUGGACGGCUGCAUCCGACAUUACGAUAUACGUGUGGGAGAGAUGACCUGCGACAAGAUCGGGGAACCCGUCACCUACUUGGCCAAAACACAGGACGAGCAGUGCCUUGUCGCAGGCUGUCAGGACAGUGUGGUGCGUCUGAUCGACUGUGAGACGGGAGGACUGCUGUCCGAAUAUAAAGGACACCGGGCGGAUGACUAUCACAUAGAAUGCGGCAUCCUGGCCAAUGAUGCGCACAUUGUGGCCGGCUCUAGCGCCGGCGAUGCCUACAUCUGGGAUCUGCUGGAGGGAAAAGUCUUGCAGAGGAUACGCAUAAGUGACAAUGGUGGAGUGGUACACUCCCUGGCCACGCAUCCCAGGCGUUCAGAGGAGCUGCUGUUCGCCAGACGGCGGGACAUGUACGUCUUCACCACAGACCUGCAGAUCGAGGAAGAGCAAUUGUAGUGAAGAUAUGAUGGAUUCCAUUAGCAAAUCAAAAAAAAAUCCUUAGUCGUCUCAAGCGACUCGUCUCUAUGUUUACGUCGAUAUUUAAACCCAAGGUUAGGUUCAGGCGGUAGCCUGGGGGGAGUGAUGAAACCCUCCCAAGCUCACUUGGACCUGUAGAAGGUCCGUUGUGGUGAUUUAAACCCAAUUGUGGAAGAGAAAUUUCAGGGUGAAUAAGAUCCCUGUGUAAGGCUAACCCCAUUUAGAGAUCAAUUGAGACCACUUGUAGUGAGAAUACGAUCGCUCCUUGUGUGGAAGACCAUUAACAUUAAAGAUCAUUUUUAGUCUCGCGCACACUACAGCUGAAAGUGGAGCUGAAGUUUUCAGCAAGUUGUGCAAGUUUUCAGCUCUUCUUUUAGCUAGAGUCUGUGCGAGUCCUUAUAGUUUAAAGUCCAUGCUAGUGAUAGUCAAUAAAGAAAAAAUAUAUAUAACUCCA